UAUACACAUACCCUCGAUACCGCCAUCAUGUCACGACCAGCGGGACGCACCGACUGGGCCGCCGACGAUGAGGAGGAUGAGCUGCCCCAAAACCAAAUCAUCAAGAACAAGGACGGAACCGAGACCAUAAUCACAUACGCCGUUCGCGAGGAUGGCAAGAAGAUCAAGACCACUCGCCGCAUCAAAAAGUCCGUCGUCAAGCAGAUUGUGAACCCCCGCGUGGCCGAGCGCAAGCACUGGGAAAAGUUUGGACAAGAAAAGGGCAAGCCUGCAGGCCCUCAGACCGAUACCGUCAGUGUUGCCGAAAACAUUGUCUUCCGACCGACCGCCAACUGGAAAGCGAGCUCCGACGACAAGAGCGAGGCCGACAAGAAGAAGACCGAUCUUAAGCAGGCCAAGAUCAAGUGCAGAAUCUGUAGCGGCGACCAUUUCACCACAAAAUGUCCUUUCAAGGACACCAUGGGCGUGGCCGACGAUGCGACCCCCGCCGAGAUGCCCGACGACGCACCACAGGCUGGCGGAGCCGGCGCCGGUUCUGGAAGCUACGUGCCCCCACAUCUGCGAGGACGUGGCGCUGGCGGUGGUGAGAAGAUGGGCGGUAAAUACGAGCGCGACGACUUGGCCACUCUGCGUGUCACCAACGUGUCAGAGAUUGCUGAGGAGCAGGACUUGCGCGACAUGUUCUCCAGGUACGGCCACGUCACCCGUGUCUUCCUGGCAAAGGACAGAGAGACGGGCCGGGCCAAGGGCUUCGCUUUUGUCAGCUAUGCGGACCGAUCCGACGCGGCCAAGGCGUGCGAGAAGAUGGAUGGCUACGGAUUCGGGCAUCUCAUUCUCCGCGUCGAGUUCGCGAAGAAGCCGGAUGGGAAAUAA